AUGCAUCCCCCUCCACCCCAUCUUGCAGCCCAUCAUAUGGCCUACCCAUACCCGCCUCCCCCAGGCGAUUUUUCGCCAGGCGGGAUGCCCCCGCCGCACCCGGGGCCACCACCACCCGGCCAUCUCGGCGCGCCCCCCCAGCCCCAGACGGACGAACAGCUCGCCUCAGGCUCAGGCAGCCGGACGCUCAGCCAGAGCAAGCGGGCCGAACAGAACCGCAAAGCCCAACGCGCGUUCCGCGAACGGCGCGACCAGCACGUCAAGACGCUAGAGUCGCGCUCGCAGCUGCUGGAUGCGGCCCUCGCGUCCGCGGACGAGGCGAACCGGAGGUGGGAGGAGUGCCGCACCAUCGUGGAUCAGCUCCGGAUCGAGAACGCGACGCUCCGCGCCCAGCUCCAGGCCAGGCCACGCAGGCCCAGCUGA